AUGCCUGGGCGGCCCACCGCCCCGGAGCAGGGGCGCCCGGAGCGGAUCGCGCCGCACCCGCACACAGGCUUCGUGCUGGGGCUGGACGUGGGCAGCUCGGUGAUCCGCUGCCACGUCUAUGACCGCGCAGGGCGGGUCCGUGGCUCCAGCGCCCAGAAGGUAGUAAGUCUUUGUCCUCAAUUUGGCUGGGUUGAAAUUGAUCCUGAUGUUCUCUGGCUUCAAUUUGUUGCUGUAAUAAAAGAAUCUGUCAAAGCUGCAGGAAUAGAGAUGAAUCAAAUUGUUGGCCUUGGCAUUUCAACACAGAGAGCAACUUUUAUUACGUGGAACAAGAAAACGGGAAAUCAUUUUCACAACUUCAUUAGUUGGCAAGAUCUGAGAGCUAUUGAACUUGUAAAAUCUUGGAAUAGUUCUCUUAUAAUGAAGCUAAUACACAGUUCCUGCCGAAUGCUUCACUUUUUGACUAGAAGUAAACGAUUUUUAGCAGCCAGUCUGUUCACUUUCAAAACCCAGCAUGUUUCUUUGAGAUUAGCCUGGAUUUUACAGAAUCUCGUUGAGGUACAAAAUGCAAUUGAAGAAGAAAGUUGCUGCUUUGGGACUAUUGAUACCUGGUUGUUACAUAAGCUCACAAAAGGUUCUGAAUUUGCCACGGAUUUUUCAAAUGCCAGUACCACUGGACUUUUUGAUCCAUAUGAGAUGUGUUGGAGCAGCUUCAUUACUUCUCUGCUUUCAAUACCACUCUCUCUUCUGCCUCCUGUGAGGGAUACUAGCUUCAAUUUUGGAUCAGUGGAUGAAGAGAUAUUUGGUGUGCCUAUACCAAUAAUGGCCUUGGUGGCUGACCAGCAGGCAGCCAUGUUUGGAGAGUGCUGCUUCCAGACGGGAGACGUGAAGCUGACCAUGGGGACUGGGACAUUUCUGGACAUCAACACUGGAAGUUACCCUCAACAGAAUGUUGGAGGUUUUUAUCCAUUGAUUGGGUGGAAGAUUGGACAAGAGGUUGUAUGCUUAGCUGAAGGCAAUGCAGGAGACACUGGUACUGCCAUAAAAUGGGCUCAGCAAUUAGAUCUUUUUACAGAUGCUUCUGAGACUGAAAAAAUGGCCAAAAGUUUAGAAGAUUCUGAAGGAGUUUAUUUUGUUCCAUGUUUUAGUGGUUUGCAGGCUCCAUUAAAUGACCCCUGUGCAUGUGCCUCUUUUAUGGGUUUGAAGCCUUCCACUAGUAAAUACCAUCUUGUACGAGCAAUAUUGGAGUCCAUAGCUUUCAGAAACAAACAAUUAUAUGAGGUGAUGCAGAAAGAGAUCCAUAUUCCUGUGACAAAAAUCCGGGCAGAUGGAGGAGUUUGUAAGAACAGUUUUGUCAUGCAGAUGACUUCAGACCUGAUUAAUGAGAAAAUAGACAGACCUGUUCACCUGGAUAUGUCGUGCCUCGGUGCAGCUUCUCUAGCUGGUCUUGCUGUUGGGUUUUGGACUGACAAGGAGGAACUAAAGAAACUGAGACAAAGUGAAACAGUUUUCAAGCCACAGAAGAAAUGGCAGGAAUAUGAAAUGAGUAUGGAAAACUGGGUGAAGGCAGUGAAACGCUCCAUGAAUUGGUAUAACAAGACAUAG